CACGGUUUCCUGCCAUUAUUUGUCGUUCUAUCUUCGCGUCAGAGUGUCCUCUUCAAGCAAAGAGCUGGUGUUAUGAUGUCGCUUCCCGAUGAAGUCGUUCUCUCGCCAUCGAUCCUUGACACGGAUCUUUAUAAAUUGACUAUGCAACAGGCUGUGUUGCACCACUUUCCUGAUGCUCGAGUCCGGUACAAAUUUGAUAACCGUUCGAAGUCGACACAAUUCAAUCGAAAGUGUCUGGAGCUCUUCCAGGCUAAUACAGAGUUAAUCUCAGAUUUGAAAUUGACGGCGAACGAAAGGGACUGGCUUAAGCAAAAAUGCCCAUAUCUCAAGGAAGAGUAUCUUGAUUUCCUGUCAUCUCUCCAGCUAAACCCCAGCGAACAAGUUUCGACCAAGUUUAUACCAUCGGAGUUGGACGACAACAUUGGACAAAUUGAGAUUAGCGUGCAAGGGAGAUGGUCUGAAACAAUACUUUACGAAGUCCCUCUCAUGGCGGCACUUAGUGACGCCUAUUUCCGCACAAUGGACACGGACUGGGAGUAUGAUGGACAGGAGGAAUUAGCCUACCAAAAGGGCAUCAAACUAUUCGAGGAAGGUGUCUUGCUGUCCGAGUUUGGGACUAGACGACGCCGUUCCCUGAAGACCCAGAAGCUAGUGAUCGAAGGGCUUAUACGAGCCAAUGAGACUCUUCGAGGAGACAAAAAGAGUACUGGAGAGCUUAAAGGCACAAGCAACGUCCAUUUGGCAAGACUGUACAAUUUGACUCCAAUUGGUACCAUUGCGCACGAGUGGACCAUGGGGGUUGCUGCGGUGAAAGGUUAUGAUGCACCUAAUAUGACUGCUCUUUCUUUGUGGGAAGCCGUCUACCCACCAGAACCCACCAAUGCCCUUCAUAUCGCCCUCACAGACACGUUCACAUCUCAUGUUUUCUUCGAAGAGCUAAAGGAGCACCCCGAAUUCGCACGGCGGUGGAGAGGAAUAAGGCAAGACAGCGGCGAUCCCAUCGCCUUUGCCAACUGUGCCGCCAAAACAUAUGGUGACAUCGGAGUCGGUGUCCAUGAGAAAGUGAUUAUUUAUUCCGAUGGCCUUGAUUUGGAACGUUCCCUGCGGAUCAGGAAAGACACUGAGCAUCUGGGCUUCCUAGCCUCAUUCGGUGUUGGGACAUACUUGACUAACGAUUUUAAGUCGGUAACGACGGGACAGAAAAGCAAGGCUCUUAAUAUUGUUAUCAAGCUGGCUGAAAUUAAUGGAAAACCAUGUGUUAAACUAAGUGAUGAUCCGGGCAAGAAUACUGGAGAUGCUGAUACCGUCUCAUUCGUCAAAAACCUAUAUGGAUUGAUUUAGGGUGGUACUCGGAAGAAAUGGAUAGAUCCUAGAUUUCCUCAGGCUGAUUGGUGGGAACCUAAGACUUGCAUGGCUGACUAAUAUUCCAUACGCACAACAUUAUCAAGCAAUGUUGCCAGUGGGUCUGUGCACCACAUCAUAUUAUCCGUUUUCUCCAGGUAAAGUCUCGAGAAAGCGUCAAUAACAGAAUGACUGUCAGCGCAGUGAAUUAC